AUGUUGCCAGAGACAGAGGAGCAGGAACAUGACUGUUUAGAAAUCAUAGAUGCCCAGUACUCCAGCCGUCCAGACUUAAAAGAUCAGCCACUCCCCAAUGCAGAGUAUGAGUGGUACACUGUCGGCAGCAGCCUUGUUACAGAUGGGCAAAGGAGGGCGGGCUAUGCUGUUGUAACUCUCCAUGAGACUGUGGAAGCGGAAAGUUUGCCUGCCGGAACGUCAGCCCAGCUGGCUGAAUUGGUAGCUUUAACCCGUGCACUCGAACUGUCAAAAGGAAAAAGAGUUAACAUUUUUACUGAUUCCAGAUAUGCCUUUGGAGUGCUACAUGCUCAUGCAGGUCUCUGGAAGCAAAGAGGAAUGCUUACAGCUCAGGGGUCCCCGGUCAAGCAUGGGACACAGAUUCUCCGGCUUCUGGAAGCGGUGCAGCUCCCCUCAGAGGUAGCAGUGGUGCACUGCAAAGCCCAUCAAAGAGAAGACCAGGACGUAGCCAAGGGCAACGCCAGGGCCGACAGGGAAGCCAAGCGGGCUGCCACCCUGGAACCAUUGGAAGCUGAGGAGGCCCAUGUGCAUGCCCUCAUCCCAUCAGUGGGCACAUGCGGGAUGGAGGGGAAUCCCUAA